AAGAGAGCAACCCGAGCGUCCAUUAUUGGCUGAGGACCCCUGAAGAACAGCAGGCAGUCUGCUGCUGCCUUUGAGAGCCUUUUCCCGCCAGCUAAGCCUGCUCACAGGUGGCCAUGACCUCACUGCCCACUGGAACCACUGGGGACCCCGAUUUGUUUCCUGGGCUGUUGCCAGCCGGCUCCACUCCAGCCAACCAAAGCGCAGAGGCCUCGGAGGGCAACGUGUCUGCGACGGUUCCCCGAGCUGCAGCAGUCACGCCGUUCCAGAGCCUGCAGCUGGUGCACCAGCUGAAGGGGCUGAUCGUGAUGCUCUACAGCAUCGUGGUGGUCGUGGGUCUGGUGGGCAAUUGCCUGCUCGUGCUAGUGAUCGCGCGCGUGCGCCGGCUGCACAACGUGACCAACUUUCUCAUCGGCAACCUGGCCUUGUCCGACGUGCUCAUGUGUGCCGCCUGUGUACCUCUCACACUGGCCUAUGCCUUUGAACCUCGCGGCUGGGUGUUCGGUGGAGGCCUGUGCCACCUGGUUUUCUUCCUGCAGCCGGUCACUGUCUACGUAUCGGUGUUCACCCUCACCACAAUCGCCUUGGACCGCUAUGUGGUUCUGGUGCACCCGCUACGUCGGCGUAUUUCACUGAGGCUCAGCGCCUACGCGGUGCUGGGCAUCUGGGCUCUAUCUGCAGUGCUGGCGCUGCCGGCUGCGGUGCACACCUACCACGUGGAGCUCAAGCCCCACGACGUGCGCCUCUGCGAGGAGUUCUGGGGCUCGCAGGAGCGCCAGCGCCAGAUCUACGCCUGGGGGCUGCUGCUGGGCACCUAUUUGCUCCCCCUGCUGGCCAUCCUCCUGUCUUACGUACGAGUGUCAGUGAAGCUGCGGAACCGCGUGGUGCCUGGCAGCGUGACCCAGAGCCAAGCUGACUGGGACCGAGCGCGUCGCCGCCGCACUUUCUGCCUGCUGGUGGUGGUGGUAGUAGUGUUCGCGGUCUGCUGGCUGCCGCUGCACAUUUUCAACCUGCUGCGAGACCUGGACCCGCGCGCCAUCGACCCCUAUGCCUUCGGGCUGGUGCAGCUCCUCUGCCACUGGCUUGCUAUGAGCUCUGCCUGCUACAACCCCUUCAUCUACGCGUGGCUGCACGACAGCUUCCGAGAGGAGCUGCGUAAGAUGCUGCUGUCCUGGCCCCGCAAGAUCGUGCCUCAUGGCCAGAACAUGACCGUCAGCGUGGUCAUCUGAUGUCACUCUGCCAGGUCUGAGCUGGGGAACUUCAUAUCCCUUAGCCCCAGAGGUCGUCGUGAGGUCUUAUUCCCAGCACCAGUUAAGCCAACACAUGCGACUUUCCACCCAGCCCUCUUGACUAGCUAUUUGUCUGUUUUUUGUGUUUCUGUGAAAUGUUAGUGGGCUUUGGAGUAGAAGAGUCUGGGGAGAGAGAAGCAGAUUUAUCAGGUCUACCCCUGAAAGCAAAACACAGCUAUUUUUCUGGGUUCAGAAAAAUAAAUCAGAAGCAGGUUUUUCUUUUUUUCUUUUUUUCUCCUUGCAUACACUGUGGGUGGAAUUUAAAAUGUGGUGCUGGGGUUGGUGAAGAUUUUCACUUUACCUUUUUAAAAGGCCCCAGCUGAGAUAUAAUGACUGUCAACCUGGCCUUGGUUUCAUUAUGAUUUCAGACCAUAUUAUGAUCCCAAAAUCAAUAUCCAGGAUUUUAACAUUUCCCGAGUAAGAUCUUUAUGUUCCCAAAAGAUUUUCAUUUUAAAAUCAUUUGAAUUUAUAGUAAAAAUCCCGAUUC